UUUUCCAUGAUCAUUUAACUGACUUAAUUAAACUCUAGAAUUGCAAUAUGGUCAAUCUGUAAUUAAUUACAUUACAUCCCCUCGUUUGGAAAUCCAUAUGUUGGAAUUUUGUCAAGCCCUCUAAAUUUAGGAAAACUAUAUAUGACAGACUACAGUAUCAUUCCAAACCAUACAUCCGCCAAAAAUAGCCUAUAUAGCUUGUGAAACCCCAAACUCACCUUGCCCCUUGCCCUCCUUGUUGGAAGCAUAGAGAAAUUCACUCCUGAUCCAUCAAAUCUGACACAAUCUGUUUCCCUUUCAUAUUUACUAAAUUAGAACUACCCCUCUACCCUAUAUAUUAAAAUCCAUCAGAUCCCUUUGAAACAUAGAAAGGUUUUGGUUUCAUAUUUGAUACAUAAUUAUUAUAGGUACACAUAUAUAUCAAACAUGAAUUCCAAAGCCUCUUCUCUCCUCUCCUUUGCUUUCGUAAUCCUUUUCUUCUCCUCUGCCUCGGCCUUCAAUAUUACAAGGAUCCUCAGCCAUUUCCCGGAGUUUAGCAGCUUUAACGACUAUCUCACCCAGACCCAACUCUUCCAACAAAUUAAUAGCCGCAACACCAUCACUGUUCUUGUCGUCAACAAUAAUGCCAUUGCUAGUCUCUCUGGAAAACCCUUGGAUGUUAUCAAGAAGAUCUUGAGCGUUCAUGUCGUGCUUGACUACUAUGAUGUUGAGAAGCUCACGACGCUACCCAAGAAGACCACCGUUCUCACCACCUUGCUUCAAUCCAGCGGUCUUGCUGUCGGACAACAAGGAUUCUUGGAUGUUUCACUUGUCAAUGAGGGUGAGAUCGCUUUUGGGUCAGCGGUAAAAGGUUCAAGUCUCAACAUCAAGCUCGUUAAACCCGUGCUUGCUCGACCCUAUAACAUCUCUGUGCUCGAAGUUACAUCUACAAUUGUACCUCCUGGUAUCGAUCAAGCAGCUGCCUCACCCAAGAGCCCACCAACUGCUCCAGCGACUGCACCAGCUCAUGCUCCGGCAAAGGAACCAAUUGCAAAGGCUCCUGCUCCCACUGAUGAGGUGGCUGGUGAUUCCCCUACAGAAUCACCAUCAUCUGCACCAGAGGCUGAUGCACCGAAUGCAGAUGCACCGAAUGCAGAUGCACCGAAUGCAGAUGAUGCAGCACCAGUCAGCUCUCCUGUACCUAGUGCUGCUGAUGCUGCUCCCACUCCCACUCCAUCUGAAUCAGGUUCUUCACGCACCAAUGUAGCCUCGGGUUUCCUGAGUGUUGGGGUGGUGAUGGGUUUGGUGGCAUUGUUAGUGUCUUUCUAAUUAAUCUAAAUGUAUGAGGGAUAAUGAGAAAGAUUAAGCAUGACAAGAGGAAUCAAUGGGGAAAAGAAAUGUAGAUUGUUGAAUGGAAAUGCAUAUGAAUAACAUGACAAUAUUGAUCAAUGAAUGCAACGUUUAAGCUUAA